AUGCCUUCUGCAUCUGCAUCUGCCACUACGCUGCCUCGUAUCGUUCUUUACCAUCAGACAAUCCACGACCCCGAUGGGAAGUUCAUAUCCGUCCUGCCUUUGAUCACGCAGCCCGGCGUCUCGGUCACGCACCUCAUCGUGGCUGCGAUUCACAUCAAUGAGGACCCGGACGGGUUGACGCUGAAUGACCACCCGCCUUCUGAUCCCCGGUACGCCUCACUAUGGGCAGAGCUCCGUAUUGCGCAAGCCAGCGGCAUUUCCGUGAUAGGCAUGUUGGGCGGGGCGGCGAAAGGUUCCUACACGCGACUCGACCAAGAUCAGACCACCUUUGAUCUCUACUACGCCCCGGUCUAUGAUCUGAUACGCGCCCGAGGACUCAACGGCUUCGAUCUGGAUAUCGAGGAGGAGAUGUCACUCGGAGGGGUCAUCCGAUUGAUUGACAGACUGCGCGCAGACUUCGGUCCGGAUUUCAUCAUCACGCUUGCGCCAGUCGCAGCCGCCCUCCUGGAUUCACGGCGGAAUCUCAGCGGCUUUGACUACGAGGCUCUCGAGGUCAUGCGUGGCAAGCAGAUUGCUUGGUACAACGCUCAAUUCUACUGUGGAUGGGGAGACGCCAGUAAUCCCGUCAUGUACGAGAUGUGCGUGGCGCGAGGCUGGGUGCCGGAGAAGGUCGUCGUCGGUGUCGUGACAACCCCCGAAAACGGGCAUGGUUACGUCCCCUUGGAGCUUCUGGGUCUGAACCUGGCUGCACUGCGGCGCCGCUUUCCGACAUUCGGGGGUGUGAUGGGCUGGGAGUAUUUCAAUGGACUUCCCGGAGGCAAGGGCCGUCCUUGGGAAUGGGCUCAACGGAUGACGAAGGUGCUACGAACUGUCGAAGCGGACGGCCAACCCGAACCAGAAUCAACCCCGAAGAUGCACUCGACGAACGAGGUAGACCCGGACUCAGAUGGUGGCAAGCAAGCACAGGUACCCGAACAGUUUGAGUACUGGUCCGACGACUCGUACGAAGACAACUAG